UGGAUUUGUAAACAUCCAUUUCUUCAUUAACUCAAAUUCUAUAAAUAUUGAUUUGAAUUCAUCUUCUUUGGAUCUCGUCGAGUCUCUCAGUUCAGACUCCGUUCGAGAGCCCGAAGAAGAACAAUAAACCAGAGAAGAAGAACGAAGAACGAAGAACGAAGAACGAAGAACGAUAAUGGUGAGAGCUCCUUGCUGUGAGAAAAUGGGGUUGAAGAAGGGCCCUUGGUCUCCUGAAGAAGACAGGAUUUUGACUAACUUUAUUCAGAAUCAUGGUCAUAGCAAUUGGCGAGCUCUUCCUAAGCAAGCUGGUCUUUUAAGAUGCGGAAAAAGUUGCAGACUUCGAUGGACAAACUACUUGAAACCUGAUAUUAAGCGAGGCAACUUUACUAAAGAAGAAGAAGACGCCAUUAUUAACCUACACGAAUUACUCGGAAAUAGAUGGUCGGCGAUAGCAGCUAAGCUGCCUGGUCGUACAGACAAUGAAAUAAAGAAUGUUUGGCACACUCACUUGAAGAAAAGGCUAGAAAAGAACAUCAAAACAAAGGCUCCCACAUCGGAAAACAAAAGAAAAAAACAAAUAAAACCAAAAACUUCAUCAGAAUCUUCUUCAUCCAUUGUUAUUAACAUUACAAAUCAAACCCAAAUUGCCAAUUAUUCCUCAAUAACGUCCCCUUCUUCACAACAAUCUUCAAGCUGUGAGAUCUCUUCAUCACUCACAGAUGCUUCCAUGGCUGAAAAUGAGUACUACAGCUACCCGGACGAGGGCACGGAGGCUCCACCGCCGAUCGACGAGAGCUUUUGGUCCGAGGUGGCUGAGGAUUCGACGAAUUCAAAUUCCAUGGAUAAGAGUAAUGGUGAAAGCGUUGUUGAUGAUGACAUGGAAUUUUGGUACAACGUUUUUGUCCAAGCUGGAGGAAUUUCAGAACUGCCAGAAUUUUGAGACAUAUUUCCAAUUUCAGAUGAAAAUUACGAGAAAUUUAGUGGGAAUUAAGUGGUGAGAAAGAGAAAAUUUAAAGAAAUUUGAGAGAAAUUUGAGAGAAAUUUGAGAGAAAUUUGGAGAUGUGAAUAGUAGUCCAAAAUGAGUGAUUGGGAUUUGUAUAUUCUUUUUCAAGUGAAAAGAAAAAAAUGAAUUCUUUAUUUCUAUAUUUUUUUUUUCUAAUUCCACCUUUUGGGGGAAAAAAAAAAUGAAUGGGGCAAUCAUAAACUCCACCUUUUUCUUUUUUCUAAUUCCAUCUUUACGAAGUCCGAAGCCCGAGAACUAAAGACGCUCGGAGGAUUAGAAGAGUUCGGGAAGUAGAAGGUUUCGAAAGUCUGAAAAACUUCGAAAACAAGAUGAAGAUAUCUUAAGCGAACAAGUUAUUCAUACUUCAAUCGACUCUUGAACAAGAUUAACGAGCUAAGAGUCAUAUAUCGUACAAGAUCAACAAGAUAAGGGGUCGAUCCAAGUAGAGAUGUCCAUGAUGAGGCGGGGAUGAGGAAGUUGUAACGACCCUAUUUUUACUUGUAAAAUAAAGUUGGUACUAUAUUCAUGACG